GUCAAGACCGUUUCGUUUCUUUUCGGGAAUUAAAAACUCUUCAGUCUGGAGGAAAGUAAUGCUACAAUAUGGCCGCCUCUCUUGAAGAAAUUUUGUCUGGACUUUUAGUUGCGGAUAACUCAGUUAUUCAGCAGUCUACACAAAAGUUGAAAAGCCUUUUCAAGGAUCCAGGUCUUGUGUCUGGUCUGUGUCAGGUUCUAAGUACUUCCCAGAAUGCACAGGUACGUCAGUAUGCUGCAAUCUUGCUGCGAAAGAAGAUACUUAAAGGCAAGCAGUGGGCUGCCCUUCAAGGAGACAUCGCCCCAACGAUUAGAGAAAAUAUAUUACAGUUGAUGCUACGAGAGCCUGAAAAGAUCGUUAGAGUAGCUAUAGCCCAAGUGAUAGCCGUGGCAGCGAAACAUGACUUGCCCACCAAUGCUUGGCCUCAUCUAUUUGUGUUCAUUAACCAGCAUGUGAAAAGUGAGGUGCCAGAACACAGGGAGAUUGGUAUGUACUUGCUGUUCUCUGUAGCUUCCACGGCCGCUGAACAACUCAAACCCCACCUAGCUGAUAUGGUUACCAUGAUAUCUAGUAUCCUAGGUGACCAACAGAGUAGCCUUGCUCCAUUCUAUGCCAUCAAAGCCUUGUCUGAAGUAGUGUUUUAUGUCGGAGAUGAUGCCUUAAAGCCUAUGCAACAAAUCGUUCCACAAAUCCUUCAAGUCAUAAAGAACUUGAUUCUCGUAGAUCAGGAGAAGGCCUGUGAGGCAUUUGAAGUUUUUGAUGAAAUGUUAGAGUGUGAAGUUGUCAUAAUUACACCACAUCUUAAGUCCACAGUGCUCUUUUGUUUGGAGAUUGCUGCCAACAAUAAAUUAGAUGAUAACAUUCGAGUGAAGGCGAUGUCAUUUAUUUGUUCACUAACAAGACUUCGGAAAAAGCAAAUAUUAAAGAAUCAGUUGGUACUACCUAUAUUGAAUGUAAUGUUCCCCGUCAUGUGUGAGACGUACGAUGAAGAAGAUGAUGACGAGGAAGAUGACGUUGAAAGUCAGAGACCGUCACAGAUUGCCUCACAGGUCCUAGACACUAUGGCGAUGCAUCUUCCACCAGAAAAGUUUAUACCCCCUGUGAUGUCGAUGGUCGAGCCAUCUUUGUUAGACGAGAAACCAGAAAGGAGGAAAGCAGCUUUUAUUGCAAUGGCAGUUGUGGCCGAGGGCUGUGCUGACUUCAUUACAAACAAUCAUCUGCAAGCUGUGUUACAAUGUGUAUGCAAGGGUCUGAGUGAUCCAGAUCAGCAUGUUAGAAAUGGUGCUUUGUUCGCUAUAGGACAGUUUUCUGAACAUCUUCAGCCGGACAUUAGCAAGUAUGCUUCAGAUGUCCUUCCCCUGUUGUUCCAAUAUUUAUUACAAGUAAGUCAGGAGGGCGACAAAAAUCCUCGUGGUCUGACGAGAAGUUACUACGCGUUGGAAAUGUUCUGUCAAAAUCUGGGAAAAGACAUCCAGCCUUACCUGCAGCAAUUAAUGGAACAUCUCAUGACAGUGUUGAAAACAUCGACUUCGCUUAGACCGAAGGAACUUGCCAUUAGUGCAAUAGGGGCAACAGCAAGCGCUGCAGAGUCCUUGAUCUGCCCCUACUUCCAAGAAAUCAUCAACCAGUUCCGAGAAUAUCUGGUCAUUACCGAGGGCAAUGAGGAAAUGUUUAAACUACAAAUUCAGACCAUAGAUACACUGGGUGUGCUGGCACGAUGUGUAGGUGCUGAACUGUUCCAGCCUCUCACUAAGGAGAGUAUACAGUUUGGUUUGAAUCUCCUCAACACAGCCGAGGACCCUGAUCAAAGAAGAUGCAUAUAUGGUUUAUUUGCGGCACUUUCGACACUCCUGAAGGGAAACAUAGGAGAGUAUUUACAGACUAUGAUGCAUUUUAUGCUGCUCUCACUACGAUCUGCUGAGGGUGUAAAGGCUCAUAUAAAGGAGGAGAGCAGUUUUAUGUUUGAUGAUGCAGAGUUUGAUGAUGAGGUAGAUAUUGAGGCUGAGGAAGCUGAGGCCGAGGGUGAUACCUCGGAUAUAGCGGGAAUCAGUGUGGAAAAUGCCUACAUGGAGGAGAAGGAAGAUACUGCAGUUGCCAUGGGAGAAAUAGCUGUCAAUGCUGGGGCUGCAUUCUUACCAUAUUUGGAGGAGAGCUAUCAAGAGUUACUUGCCUUGUUAGAUUACCCAUCAUCCCGUGUGAAAAAAGGAGUGGUAGCAGCUCUCGGACAGUUCUGUAUUUGUAUACAUGAGGUGAACAAGAUACCCUCUAGUGGUGAUAAUGGACCCUCCCAUCUUGCUUUAAGUUCCAUGUUAAACACAUUGAUACCAAGAUUCCUGUCAAUAAUAGCCGACGAUGAUGACAGAGAGGUUGUCAUGGCAACAGUUGAUGUUAUACAUGACCUUUUAGAGAAAGUAGGUCAGCCAGUGUUGCAGGUACAGGACGCUACAGAUCAGAUUCUUACAAAGAUGAAACUGAUUUUCAUACACAAGGUGGCGUGUCAGGAGGCGGAGGAAGAAGAUGAUGAGGAUGAGCAGGCGGAGUUUGACGGCAUGUUGAUAGAAUCUGCUGGUGACGUUAUACCUAUAAUGGCCAAGUUGAUAGGUGGCGAACAUUUCCUAGGAUUCCUUGGUGGUUUCUUACCCGAUCUUCUUAAAAGAAUGAGGCAGACGAGUUCUACAGCAGAGAAAUCUUUCGCUGUUGGUACCCUAGGAGAGACUAUAGAAGCUGUUGGUCCAGCUGUCAGUAUGUAUGCAGAAACACUAUACCCAGUCUUUAUGAAGAUGGUGAGAGAACAUGACGAUGAGGUUCGAAGUAACUCUGUAUACUCGCUGGGUGUACUAGUCGCAAACUGCGGCCAGAAAAUACAAGGAAAAAUCCCUGAGGUAUUGAAGGUAUUAUUUGAGAUAUUAAACAAGGAGAAGAACAAACGUGUAAUAGACAAUGUAUGUGCAGCUGUAUGUAGAAUGAUCAUGGCCGGACAUAAAGCUGUCCCCUUAGAUGUUGUUGUACCAGUUGUAAUCAAGUGCCUACCAUUGAAAGAAGACCAGGAAGAGAAUAUAACAGUUUAUAAAUGUCUUACACAGCUGUAUACUGCAGGAAAUACACAGGUUGUGACAGCUAUCCCAGACAUACUAAAGGCUGCUUCUGGUUGCUUAGGAACUGACAAAUUUAAACCUGAAUGUGAGAAACUUGUAGUAGAUUUAAUUAAAGAUGUGGCACAAAAAUAUCCUGCAGAUUUCGCCAACUUGCGUAAUACAUUAGACGCUGACCAGGCUUCCAAACUAGACAUUUGUCUAUCAGCUAUGAACGGACAUUGUGUGAAUGGUACAUCCUGAGAAAUAAAAUGAUGGUAUCCAAUCAGCAUUGAAUUCAUCGGAAAAAGAGGGUAGCACAUACCCAAAUCUUGCUUAAUCUUAAAAAAAAGAGGGUAAAACCAUACCCAAACAGUUCUUAAAAGUUAUCAUUAAUUCGAAAUGAACCUAUGGAAAAUACACCAUUGUUAGAGAUAUCAUAAAUAUGUUGACACUUCGGCUUCCAAGAAUAAAUGGUCUCGUAUAUAUGUUGAGAUUGUUUAAAAGAGGAACAAAUAUUGAAAGUGCCUAUUUACUGUCAGAUAGAAUAUUUAUAAAUUUGGGCAAGGGUUAAAAUGUUACCUUUCUAGGUCAGAAAUAAGUUUUUAUAAAGAGCUUUUAUUGGACUUGUGUGAGCUUAUGUUGCAAUAUGAAAUUGGAGCUUUUAUGUGGAAUCAUUUUAAGAUACAUUUGUAAAAAGAAUCAUGUAUCGCAUUUUUUUUUUAUAAUACAAGAAUAUAAAAGUAAUGUGUGCUUUUAAUGACAUAAUUUGUUUUACCAGUUAAAUAAUGUCAUUUUGUUGAAAUGAAACGUAGUAUAAAAAGUUUCUACUAAUGCUAAGGAAUAUGAAUUGAUUUGCUGAGUAUUGAAAUAGACAAGUAUGUUUUCAUGUGCUUGUAUUUUUGAUGUUUUGAUUUUUAAUUAGAUAAUUGGAUUAAAAUUCAUAUGCAAGUUAAAAGUUAGGCUAUUUACUAAGCAGUUUUCACGGAAAAUUUGGAAUAAACUUGUAUUGUUUAGUUGUAAGGAAAGUUUUAAUUAUUUGGGAUAGCUGUAAAAAAAAAAAAAAUUUUUCCCAAUAAUCUGUUUACAGUGUGUUGUAUCUUUUUUAGUAACAGAUUUUUGGGAACAACUCAGAUUACAAUUCAAGUUUUUUUGUCAUCAUUAUUUUUAAGUUCUUCAGUUACAAUACUCUGUGUAUGUUUGUAUUUUGCUCGGCUUCAAAAGCUUUCAGAGUUUUACUCUGUAGAAGUGAACCUGUUUGAAGUGAACCAAACUUGUGUUAUGGUAUUUAUUUUUGUUACUGCUUCCAUAAAUGUUUUUUUGUUUGUCAUUGCGGAUUAUCUUGUUUGUGGUGCAUUUGUUUUUGUAUACCAGUUAAUUCUUUGUAAGAUUUUGUAGUGCUUGAUUGAAGAUUUUCCAGUUAUUGACAUUUGAGAUGAUUAUUACAUUGUUUCAGUUGUUGUUGGUUUUUUUUUUCUUUUUCAAAAUCAUAAGAGCUUAUGCAGUGAUAUCAAUUUUGUUAAGAAACCAAGUGUCACAACACUUUUUGUGUGUAAAAAAAAAGAUAAUCCAUGAAUUUAAGAAACCACUAAAAUGUCUUGUGACAAAACCAGGAAACUUCAUACCCACAAAAUUAAAUGAAUUCACAGUAAUACAGGAAUUGUUUUAUGAAUAAUUACAAUUCGGUAUUGGUUAUGAUUACCUAAAAGUAGCAAAUCAUGUCAUUUCUUGGAGUUUUUGUGCCAGUAUUGUUGUUCACAAAUCACAAUGUCUUAUAUUUACUUGCUGAAUACUAGAUGUAAUGGUGGUUUGUCUUUGAUAAAAGUAUAAAUUUCAGCCAGUCUGUACAUCUGUACUAUGGCUAACAAUAUAAGUUCAGGCCCGCUUAUACCCCUUGACUUAUGGAAGAGGUCGACUUAUGGAGGCAUACAUAUACAAAUUGUCUUAAAAGAACCUGUUUGUAAAUUAUGUAAAAUAAUUAAAAGUACAGUCUAACUUGCCCAUGCGACCACGUGUAUUAAGCGACUUUUGUCUUAAACGACCACUUUAACUUCCCCCCGAUCAUUUUCUCUCUAUAUCUUUAAUGUAUUAAGCGACU